CGGUAGUGGUUGUUUUGACAGAAAUCUAGACAAACCAGGACAGGGAAAAUGUCAGAGAUCAUGGGAUGAGGCUUUGAUAAGCCAGAGAGUCCAGUUUGGGACGCAGCUCCCAGGCAGACUGGCAUCUGGACUACAGUAGCCCUGUGAGGCGUGAGCCGUAUGUGGUGAGCUCAUGCUGGGCUCAGGGUUCUUGCUGAGACACUCAUCGGACUCUCUUGCAACUAUCACAGACAGAAGCUUGCGCUUUGGGGAAGUGGGCGAACUCUGCAGGAGUCUGCAGCCCCAUUUCUGAGCCUAGGUUCUCUGAGCCUCCUAUUUCAGACAGUACUGUGACCGCAGGAAGUCCCGGGAUGCGUCGGGGAGUGACCCCUCCUGCAGCCUAAGCUUGCAUAACGCCAGGCGGGAAGCUGCAGACUGGCGGAGGCGGCCGAGCUCCGGGUGCCCAACGCCGCCCUCCGGGCUCCGGGCGUGGCCGCUGUCCCUUUAUCUGCGACUCCAGCGCGGGGACGCAGCAGACAGCACCCAGCUCUGCUCUGACCGCAGUUUUCCUGACUUCUCUUUCGGGCCCCAGGCAUGGCGAUGGCAGUAGCCCAGAAGUUCAGCCACCUGCUGUCCAGCCUGUGGCACGUGGGCCAGAAGCCUCUGCAAUCAGAUCCGGUGUUUACCGUGAACCGGGCCGAGGUGCCGCCGCUCUUCUGGAAGCCGUACAUCUAUGCUGGCUACCGGCCUCUGCACCGGAGCUGGUGUUUCUAUUUCCGCACCCUGUUCCAGCAGCACAAUGAGGCUGUGAACGUGUGGACCCACCUCCUGGCGGCGCUGGCUCUGCUGCUGCGGCUGCUCGGCUUGGCGGGGAGUGUGGACUUCUGGGAAGAUCCGCAUGCGCUGCCCCUCUUCAUCCUCGUCCUGGCCUCCUUCACCUACCUCUCUUUCAGUGCCCUGGCUCACCUCCUGCAGGCCAAGUCGGAGUUCUGGCAUUACAGCUUCUUCUUCUUGGACUAUGUGGGUGUGGCCGUGUACCAGUUUGGCAGUGCUCUGGCACACUUCUACUAUGCCAUAGAGCCGUCCUGGCAUGGCAAAGUGCAGGCUAUUUUCCUGCCCACGGCUGCCUUCCUGGCCUGGCUUUCCUGCGCUGGCUCCUGCUACAACAAAUACAGCCAGAAGCCAGGCCUGCUGGGGCGCAUUUUCCAGGAGGCGCCCUCGGCGCUGGCCUAUGUGCUGGACAUCAGCCCCGUGGUGCACCGCAUCAUAGUGUCUCCCCUCCCUGCCGAGGAGGAUCCCGCUCUUCUCUAUCACAAAUGCCAGGUGGUUUUCUUCCUUCUAGCUGCUGCGUUUUUCUCCACGGUUAUGCCGGAGAGUUGGUUCCCCGACAGCUGCCACAUCUUUGGGCAGGGACACCAAGUUUUCCAUGUCUUUUUGGUGCUGUGCACUCUGGCUCAGCUAGAGGCUGUGACGCUGGACUAUCAGGCCCGAAGGACCAUCUUCGAGCCUCUGCACACCCGUUGGCCCCACAACUUCUCUGGCCUCUUCCUGCUCACCGUGGGCAGCAGCGUCCUCACCGCGCUGCUCCUCAGCCAGCUGGUGCGGCACAAACUCAGCAAACUCCGUCAGAAGACCAAGUGAAAACAGUUGGGUGGGAGCUGGCAGAGUGAGAGAAGGUGCUAGGGACGAAAGCCUGGAUUUGGCUCCAGAUGGGAACAAGGCCUGGUAAAGCUGAUUCUGUCUGGUAGGCCAUGACUCCCUGCAUACAAGCUCAAUGGUCAAAGUGGUGCUAGCCAAUCCUUGGACCUGGGGAUUGGCUGGGAGCUGCAGAGCCUUGUUCAAUUCUCUACCAUGGGAGGGGAAGGGAUGAAGGAUUCCUGACUGCCCCUUCCUUGCCUCCUCUCAGAGCUAAGGGUUGGGGUUCAGCUUUGGUCACCACACUGGUUGGGGUUUCUAGGUUGUUGGGUGAGAGGUAAGACUCAGGCCAGUGUCAAACUUGAGCAGAGAGGGAGUGGAAGUCUUAGCAGCUACCACCUACCAGAGCUCACUGGUGGAGGGAAAAGAAACAGGCCCAAAGAUGGGUAGCAUUUUAACUUUACUGUGCCCUGCACCACAGCCUGGAUCGCUGGGUUCCGGAGAGUCCCCAAAGACAAAAGAUCCCCUCCACUGCCCAUGUCCCUGCAUCCCAGCCCAGGCAGAAAGCCUCACAUCUAGCAUUGGCCUAUAUUUCUUGAACACUGUUUCCAGCUUCUCCCCACAACUCAUUUAUGAUGUUGAGAUAUGUCUCCUUAGCUCACUGUUCCCUGGGGCUCCAGGCUCUAGAAUCCUUAGGAUUGUCAAGGAAAGCUCAAAGGCCAGACUGGUCAGCUCUGCCUGAGCACUCAGAGCCUUCAACAGGAAGGGUGAGGAGGAGUUUGCAGGUUGAGACAAAGGGGACACCUUUGAUGUGGAGAUGCAAGGAGUUCAGGGGGGCUAGAGGCAAGUUUGGUCCCUGGGGCUGGAGGCAAGGCUGGUCCCUGAUAUGCCCUAGAUUCAAUAAAAUGACUAUGAAAUUCC